AUGCAAGCAGCGAAAACCAGCACUAGGCGUCUGAAGUUAUCUGGUAACGCUCUGCGCAACCGCUCAUCUCGUCGACCGACCACUGUCCAGGCGUCCACUUCACAGGCACGCGAUCGACCCCACUUUCCAUGCGUGGAGGCUCAUGCCGUCCGUGAAUCUCGUAUUCGCUCGUCGCGUUCGUCCAUCUCGUCUUCAACGACGACCUCCUCACAUGCAGGGCCAGAGCCAGCGUAUGCUAGACCAAGCCCAACGUCCUACAAAACCUAUCACCAUGACCAGCCUCUCCCGCUCUCUUAUUCCGAGCCUCUUCCCUCUGUUGAUAUCGCUUACGAGACUUGGGGGACACUCUCACCUGCGAAGGACAACGUAAUUCUCCUCCAUACUGGCCUAUCUGCUUCCUCUCAUGCCGCAUCCACCGACUUGAAUCCCACAGAGGGCUGGUGGGAAAACUUCAUCGGACCAGGACGUGCUCUUGAUACCAAUCAAUUCUUCAUAAUUUGCACCAAUGUCUUGGGUGGUUGUUAUGGUACCACUGGUCCCUCCUCUAUAGAUUCAACCACUGGGCAGCCGUACGCUACACGAUUCCCAGUAAUUUCUAUAUUCGAUAUGGUGCGAGCGCAAUUCGCGCUGUUGGAUCAUCUUGGCAUUGAAAAGCUCUACGCGAGUGUGGGCUCAUCAAUGGGGGCUAUGCAAAGUCUGGCUGCAGGAUGGCUAUACCCUGAACGUGUAGGCAAGGUGGUCAGUAUCAGCGGCACCGCCAGAAGUAGUCCCAGUGCAAUUGCCAUGAGAUUCGCUCAACGAAGUGUUUUGAUGGCCGAUCCCAAUUGGAAUAAUGGCUUCUACUACGAUGGUCUACCACCACACACAGGUAUGAAAUUGGCCCGACAGAUUGCCACGAUUACAUACCGGUCAGGCCCUGAGUGGGAUCAGAGAUUUGGCCGCAAGCUCCGGCGGCUUUCGAAAUCGACUGAAGAAGGCGAUUCAAACAGCCAUCUUCCGCGAGUCCCCGCCCUGUGUCCUGACUUCUUGAUCGAGACAUACCUCGAUUAUCAGGCGAGUUUCUCUUAUCCCCGGCUAGCCGGCGAAUCAUUUUGUCUCAAGUACGAUGCAAACUCUCUCAUUUACAUCUCCAAAGCCAUGGACGUAUUCGACCUGACCAGACCAGGUAUCGACGAGCUACGACUUACGCCUCCCCAGCCUCGUACUUCACCUCCUCCAUUGCCGCCCUCUAUGUCGUCACAUCCCUCGUCUCCUACACAUUCGCAUUAUCACUGGCUAUUAUCUCAUUCCAAGUCACAUCCUCCCCCGCCUAAUCCACCUGCGCAUCUCCAUGAGCUUGCGGAAGGUCUUAGACCUCUAUCGAACACGCCUGUACUUGUGUUGGGAGUGCAAAGCGACAUACUAUUCCCGGUGGAACAACAGCGCGAAGUUGCUGAUGCGCUCCGGAUGACGGGUAACCAAAUGGUGAGCUACUAUGAGCUUGGAGGGGUGUGGGGGCACGAUACAUUCCUGCUCGAUGUACAGAACGUGGGCGGUGCAAUUCGCGGAUUCUUGGCGUAA